AUGUUCGAAAGUGUGGAAGAAAUAUAUAAACGUAAUUACAAUUCCAUUAAAGUGCUUUUUGGCGUAUCCUUCAGUUUGGGUGUGAACUUGACAGCGCCUAGUAAAAUAAAAGAUGCCUUGAAAUUUUUCAAUGUGAUUUUAGUGGUGACCAGUCUUCUAUGCUUAUAUGGGCAGUGGUGUUAUUUCAACAGACAUAUUGACAAUAUACCACUUUCAGCAGAGACCGUUUGCAUUGCUCUGCAAAUUGUUAUGGCCGUUGUAAAAAUGGUGUAUUACCUCUUCACCCAACGUACUUUCUAUCGCCUUCUGGAUCAGACUUUAACACAUGAAAUAAUACGGAAAAUAGAAAUAUUUGAACAUGAUUUUCCAAUAAAUCGCCAGUUGAAGCAGGAGAUCGAUGAUAUAAUGAGUGGAGCUUGGCAAAACGCCCGUCGCCAAAUAUUAUUUUAUUUCUGUUGUUGUGUGGGUAUUACUUCCACUUACUUUUUUGGCGCUGUCUUUGUCAAUCUCUAUCAUCAACUGAGGCAAACACCCGAUUAUGAGCUUAGAUUAGCACUUCCCGCAUUGUAUCCAUUUUGGGAAGAUAAGGGCAUGACAUUCCCCUACUAUCCAUUGCAAAUGUAUAUCACUGGCUGUGCUAACUAUAUCGCUGGCAUGUCUGCGAUGAGUUUCGACGGCGUCUUCAUCGUGCUAUGUCAGCAUGCGGUUGGCUUGGUAAAGGUCCACAAUUUGUUGGUGCUACGAUCCACCUCACCAUUGAUACCGGUUGAGAGGCGGGUCGAAUAUCUGCGUUAUACCAUCAUUACUUAUCAGCGAAUAUAUAAUUAUAUGCAGCAGAUCCAAAAAAGCUUCAAACAAGUGAGCUUGUCCCAAUUCGUGCUGAGCUUAAUUAUACUUGGUAUCGUACUGUUCGAAAUGAAUUUCGGUUUAAAAUCCAGCAUAUUUGUCGUUAUUCGUAUGAUGUUUUAUAUUUUGGCGUCAGGAACUCAAAUUAGUUUAUACUGUAUUAAUGGGCAGCAACUAACAACCGUGAGCGAAGAGAUUCCGUUAGCGUUAUACAGUUGCAAUUGGUAUGAGGAAAGCGGCAAAUUCAAACAACUGCUGCGCAUGAUGAUUAUGAGGACUAAUCGACAUUUUAACUUGGAAGUAUCUUCGUUUACUCUCAUGAAUUUGGCCACCUUGAUUGCGUUAUUCAGAAUGAGUGGUUCGUACUUUUUGUUGUUGCGUAAUCUUCAAGAAAAAUAA